AUGGCUCCGGAGAGGACGAAAACCGCCGAGCUCUACCUCGAUUUCUGCCUCACCUCCGUUCGCUGCAUUCAAACAACUGCCGAGUACCUUAGCGACCGCGAACAGAUUCGGCCAAACGACCGCCCUUACACUAACCUCUACUUCAUGGACCUGGAGGAGCAGCUCCGACAGUACGCCAGUUCACUAGCAGACGCCAAGCAACAAGAAUUAACCGCCGGCAACAGCCCCAACGGAAUGGAGCUGGAUAUCUCUGACGAGGUCCGUCUCCACGGUGGCGUAAACAAGAACGGUCGUCCCGUCGAACUCAUCCGCGUGAAGAAGGACGGCAGGGCCUUCUCCAUGCUUACUGGUGAGCUUGUUGACCUUGGCGACGAGGAUGCCAAGGAUGCUGCCUUCAGGAUCAAGCGAUCGUCAAGCCACGUUGAAGAGGAGGAGGAAGACAUUCUCCGCUCCAUGGCCCGGAGAAAGAAGAAUCCCACUCCCGAGGAGCUUGCUCCUAAGAAGUGCCGCGAGCCUGGCUGCAACAAGGAGUUCAAGCGCCCUUGCGACUUGACGAAGCACGAAAAGACUCACUCUCGCCCUUGGAAGUGCCCCGUGAAGAGCUGCAAAUACCACGAGUAUGGAUGGCCCACGGAGAAGGAAAUGGACCGCCACCACAACGACAAGCACUCGUCGGCGCCCCCAAUGUUUGAGUGCACCUUUAAGCCCUGCCCGUACAAGUCGAAGCGUGAGUCCAACUGCAAACAGCACAUGGAGAAGGCUCACGGUUGGACGUACGUGCGAACCAAGACGAAUCGCAAGAAGCCUGGUGAUGCGGCCAGCACGGUCCACCCUACGCCUCAGCUCACCAACAUCUCGACACCCGAGAGCCACAUUGGUCUUGAGACGCCGCCCGCGCAGACGGCAGAGUUUAUGCCUCUGCCAGACAACAGCAUCACCUUCCCCAAGUACAUUCCCCACGACGAGCUUUUCAACGGUGUCAACCAGCCACCGUUGCAUCUGCCCGAGCUCGAUACCAUGGACGUGGACUUGGACCUUGAUGUCUCCCCUGCUGACCCCUUUGGCGAUGGUACCGGCUUCACUCUGGAUGACGACCUCUACACCGCGCGUGCGCACCUUCCCACUCCCGACCCGGCCAUCUUUGCUCAGAAGAUGAUGCCCCAGCAGCCCUUCUUGGCUUACCCUGACAUGAUGGGUGUAGGGCAAGUCGAUUUUGUGCCUACUCCCCACAUUUCACCCAUUGGGCAGCCGAGCGCCAUGCUUUACACCCCCAAGUCUCUUCAAGAGGUUGUGGAUGAGGGCUUUGAGGAUUUUACGCAGUGUGAUGAUGGCUUCAAUGCCGACUUUGCCCUCUUCCCAGACACUGCCCGCAUCGACAACUUUGAGCCACUCUUCUCCACCGAGAUGCCAAGCGCGGGCAUGGGCUACUCUCAACCCACGCAAGACAUGUUUACGAGCAUGGACUGGAACACCAACGACUAUGUCAACUUUGCGGAGUAA